UGGCGUGAGUUUGGAUGGGGUUGGAGGGUCAAGAGUACUAAAAGUCUUUGCAUGAGCCAAGUGAAGCAGGGUGAAGGAGCGUGCAUAGUAGAGUUGGAAGAAUAUGAUCCACUGUAACAUCCAUUGAUGCAUUCCCGGCACUCAGAGUUAGUGCUACAGAAAGGUGUUGAGCUGCACCAAAGUGGAUCAAGUUGCAGUAUGCCCCUUUACCCCACUUCGUGGGGCUCAUUCCUGCUGCUGAAUAUAUUUUUUUAUAUCGCUCUAUUGCUUGUGUAGGUCCAUACCUCAUUUUAGCUACUGAAAAGAGAUGUGUUGGGAGCAUAGAUGCUCAUAUGGUGUAUGAAGUUGCUGGGACUGAACUUGUCUCCUUCUCGAAAACGAAUAUUCAUCUCUCUGAGUCGCAGGAAAAAGAUAAUGAGUCCUAUGUGGGUAUGAUGGAAUAUGUUUUAUCAAAGCCUGGAUUCUACUUUUCCUACACUUUUGAUAUAACUCACACUCUGCAGCGAAGACACCGCUUUUUUGGGAUAAAAUCACAAUUUUGUUCGAUGCCAUUACAUGAAAGGGCUGAUGAGCGAUUUAUGUGGAAUACUCACCUUAUGCAAGACCUGGUUGUCUUACCAGAACUUCAUCGUUUUAUUGUGCCUAUUAUCCAUGGCUUUGUGUGCACCAAGAAAGGUGUUAUAAAUGGAAACUGCAUAAAAUUUUGUUUAAUAUCCCGGAGAAGUACUCAAAGAGCUGGUGUGCGUUAUUACAGGAGAGGAAUUGAUAAUGCAGGCAGUGUUGCUAACUAUGUUGAAACAGAGCAGAUUGUUUUCUACGGUGGAAAUUCAAUGUCAUUUGUUCAGACAAGGGGUUCUAUACCACUUCACUGGUCUCAACGACCCUGCCUUAAGUACAAGCCACCUGCAGUAAUUUCAGAUUGUUCAAAUCAGGUAUAUACAUCUUUUAGAAUGGGAUAGGAUAACCUGCUAAUUCCACUAUUUAACCCUCAGCACACAUGCACAGACGGGGUUACAGUACUUAGAGUGAGCUAGGUUCUAAUUUACUAAUCUGAUUGCAAGGCCGAGGUUUACUAAGUUUCGUAGUAAACCUCGACGGGGUUUACUACAGUAAAAAUAGUAAACCUACAGAUUCAACGAGAAAACAACAAAAAUGACAAGAUCAACAACUGAAUCUACAUUGAGCGUCGUCCACAUGCGUGCACAGACCAUCACACGCGCACAAGCAGAAAGAAGGCGGAGUCACUAUCGCGUGUCUCUAGCUCUGCCUCUUGCUCUCCGAGUCUGUCUCCAUCGAGUCAUUGUUAGAAGCACUCCACCGUACGAAUGAACAGGAAAAAAAACUGAAACUGCCAUGUUUUAGCUCAAUGAUACGCUUGGUGUGGGAUUAGUGUGGAACCAUCAGAAGUUACAACAGAUAGCGAGAAUCGAGUCUUGCUACAUAGCCUUUGCAGACUCUCAGCGAGCUGGCAAGAAACCAUAUAAAUAGUAAGUGUGCCCAAACCCAUGAAUUAGC